AUGUCCAACGACGACCCCUCUGUUCGCCGUAUUCUACCCCAACAGUCCCAGAUGAAUUCCUUUUCGUUCGCACCGCAGCCAUAUACGCAGCGCGAAACCCAAAAGAACUAUGUGUUCGUUGACGAACACAACCGCCAUAAGCGGCUGAAAGUUAUGAGAGCUUGCGAGGGUUGCCGAAGACGGAAAAUUAAAUGUGACGCCGCGACAACAAACACCUGGCCAUGCUCGGCCUGCAUAAGACUUAAGCUUCACUGCGUACGACCAAAUGGCUUCGAUGGAGCCAACGACUCGACGACUUAUGACACUUCGCCAAUGAACCCCUCGGAGCAAUAUCAGCAAAUGCCUAUGCAGCACCAAAUCAUGAACCAAGCCAACAAGCUUUCACCAGCUAACAUGUAUGGCACUCAACAAGGCUACCCUGAUGCACACGCCUCAUAUCAGCAUGUCCAGUAUGACACCUCUCAGCAGCCCGGAGGCAUGCCUUAUGGGGCUGUCCCACCCGGUUCGAUGAUGGAACAGCAGUAUGCAGGACAGAAUGUGUUUCCUACACCUCCCAUGCAGCAACCGCCCCCAACAGUACAACAGCAACCCUCCCCAGAAGCUUACUCUCCCGGAGAGUACCAACAUCAUGACCUCGCAGAUCUUUUGGGAACGCUCAAGGUCAAUGAGACGGGUACAGCACCGUAUCUUCGAAACAAGGCAUCGUUUAGGCGUGAGGAGGAGCCCGCCAUUGAAACUGCCGACGACUUCCCUGGCGCUCUCCCUCCGAUGAUGCCCGCGCCUGGCCAUAAAAUUCGCAUACCACCUGAGUUGAUGCCGGAUGACGAGACCGCAUUGAACUACUUCGAUCUCUAUUUCACCCAUGUCCACCCUUAUGUGCCCGUAUUAUGCAAAACAGUAUUCUACCAACAAUGGAAUACAGAUCGAGAAGCUAUUUCGCCAUUGAUCUUGGAAGCGAUUUUUGCAAUGGGUGAACGACUGGCAGAAGAGCCCAGUGAGGGCCAACAAUGGCUUGCCCUUGCCUCCAGACAUGCCGAUUCUUUCAUGGAUAUUCCUAGGCUGAGCACUCUUCAGGCUUUGCUCAUGAUCUUAAAGGCGCGAGAAGCUGCACCUAAGCGAGGAUAUUAUUAUCGUUCUUGGAUGACUAUCGUGCAGUGCGUUCAAAUGGGCAAAGAUUUGGGCUUGGAUGAACAUUACGAAGACCACCAAGCAGGCCUUUCCUGCGAGUAUACUCCUGUGGAGUGCCAACUUCGAAAGCGAUUGUGGCAGUUGGUCUUUGUGUGUGAGGUAAUGGUUGGAGCUCCUCAAGGACGACACGAUCAUGCUGUCAAACUCAGUUCAGUAGAUUUCAGUGCUGCCAGGCCAGUCCCUGGUUGCGAAGAGUCUGAGUAUCACAUAUCGCGCAAUUUCAGCUACUUCUCUCAAGUGGUGCGGACCGUCGCUACCAUGAGUAAAGUCUAUUCAAGACUUCGCAGACGAAAAGACUGGGGUGUCGACCCCGAAUUUCAGCAACUGGGACAAAGUUUCAACACAUGGCUGGCAGAGCUCCCUCCGGAUCUGUCCGUAUCCUUCCCACCAGACGGAUCACCUCCAUGGAUUCCAUCGCACUUUAUCGGCAACAUGCACGGAUACUACUAUCUUGCUAUGAUUCUCUUCCACCGACCCAUCCUGUCUUUCCUUGACCCCAACUCCCCCGAUGGACAGUGGAAGCGCCAUAUGAUGAUUUGCUACAGCUCUGCCAAGGCCUUGUGUCGUUUACAGGAAGCCACUCUCAACACCUUUGGACUCAUAGGACUCCAGUGCAUGCAGAGAGGCUUCAGCUUCUCUCUCUACGCUGGCCUCUCAUGCAUCGUCAUCCACCUGGUUGCAAUUGUUUCACCAGAUCCCGAGUUUAACACUGACGCUCGUGAAUACUUUACAAGACACAUGAGGGUUUUGGAGAAGGUGAUGGACGCCUGGUCUAUGCCCGAGCUGGAUAAGCAGAUCAAUGCCCUGCGAGAUGCUUUCUCGGCAGAUACACGAAAACCAUUCGUCUUGAAGCCCAGCUUUCCUUAUGGCAGCCCUCACCCCUCCACUCACUCCAGCCCACCUCGAGGUUCUGAGCCCUUCCGGCCUAAUAUCCACCGGACAGGGUCCAUAGACCAGCACUUGGAUACCCAUGGUGCCCAACAAGUCAGUUAUGCCAGCCACCCCAUUACACCUCCCAUUUCUGCCGGCCCUAUGGACAGCAAAAGUGACUCCCCAGCUGUACAGUCGCUCGUCAUGAUGUCGCAAGGAUCACAAGCUCCUGGCAUGCCCCAGAGCAUAUCCAUGACGGACCAACCGGGAUGGAAUCCCUCACGACUAUUUGAACAAUGGAACACCACAUUUGGUACGCCCGCCUCUCACACACAGCCCAGCUCCACCCCACCUCACACGAGCCCUCUUAACGCGUCGUCCUCAGGUGCUACGGAAGUCCCCACUAUCCAAGAUAUCCAGGCUGUUCAGGCUUCAAUGCCCGCUGGAUCGCAUCAGAUUUCCCCAUCCCAGUACUCAGCUGCUCCGGUCCCCAACUUUGUCACUCCAGCUAUGUGGCAAGAGUCGGUUGCUAGCGUUUACGAAGGCGGGUUGAAACGAGGCUGGGACUACGAUGGUGUUCCAGUGAUGAAGAGACACUGA